UCCGGCGAAAAAAGAGUGUAACGUUACAGUAUUUUGCAAGACUUCAAAUUGACCGAACGAAAAUUUAAAAAUCUCCACAUAUAUAUAUGAAAGAAAAUAACAAACUACAUUUCCAUCCAUUAUUCUUUUCAUAUUUUGUUAGAAAAAGAGUCUUUUUGAAAGCUUGCUGUCUUCCGUUUAUUCACUUAUAUAUUUUUUCGAAAAGAUGACGUCGUUAGUCCCCACGUUUAAGGAUCUUUCAUUUUCAUCUAAUCCUCAACUUCAUGAAUCUAGAAUUAUCAAUUUAGUUAAAACGUUUAAAUCGAAUUUCAAUGAUGACCCUGAAUUCAUAAGCAGAUCUCCCGGUAGAGUUAAUUUAAUGGGUGAUCAUAUUGAUUAUAAUUUUUUCCCGGUAUUACCUAUGGCUAUUGAUGUUGAUGUUAUUGGUGUUGGAAAAUCAUAUUCUGAUUCUCGUGAUAUUAAAUUAAUCAAUACUGAUGAUUCAUUUGAACCUGAAACAUUUGAAUUACCUGCCGAUGGAAGUGUCAUUGCUAUCAAUUCCGGUGAUUCAUUCUCUUGGGCUAGUUAUUUCAAAUGUGCUGUUAUUGUCGCUCAUAAUUAUAUCUUAGAUAAUCAUCCUGAAUUAUUGGACCAUGGUAAGAAACCAUUGAAAGGGUUGAAAGUUGCAUUUAACGGUACAGUUCCAACUGGAGGUGGGUUAAGUUCAUCAGCUGCAUUCUGUGUAGCUUCAACAUUAGCUGUUUUGGCUGCUAAUGAUGUUCCUCAUAUUUCCAAAAGUGAUUUAACUAAAAUCACAGUAGUUAGUGAACAUUAUGUUGGUGUUAAUACUGGUGGUAUGGAUCAAUGUGCUUCAAUUUAUGGUGAAGCCUCUAAAGCAUUAUUAGUUAAAUUCAAACCUAAAUUAAUGGGAGUUCCAUUUAAAUUCCCAUCUAUUUCCAAGGAUGAAGAAUUAGCAUUCUUAAUCACUAAUAGUUUACAAAAGAGUAAUAAACAUGAAACUGCUCCCAUUCAUUAUAAUUUAAGAGUGGUUGAAAUGGGAAUUGGAGCUGAUUUAUUAGCUCAUAAAUUUGGCCUUGACUUACCUAAGGAUUCUAAUAUUAAAAGUGGAAGUUUAAGAGGAUUUUUAGAUUCUUAUUAUACUCAAAUUUUACAUGAACAACCAUGGGAUGGAAAUGAUGUUGAAGUUGGUAUUGAAAGAUUACAAUAUUUAUUGACCUUGAUUGAAAAAGAUGAUAUAUUUAAUGAUGAAGAAAAAAUUGGAUUUUCAGUUAAACAUGCUAGUGAAAGAUUAGAAAUUUCAGAAUCAAAAUUUGAAGAAACUUAUUUAACUAAAGUACCAGUUAGAUUUGAUAAUUUAAAAUUAUAUCAAAGAGUUAAACAUGUUUAUGCUGAAAGUUUAAAAGUUUUACAAUGUUUAAAAUUAUUAGAAGAAACCAAUUCAUCGAAUGAUGGAUUAAAAUUCUUAAAAGGAUUUGGAGAAAUCAUGAAUGAAUCUCAAAUAUCAUUAGAUUUAUUAAACAAUUCUUCAAAUGCCAAAUUAAAUGAAAUUUGUUCAAUUGCUUUAGCUCAUGGAUCAUAUGGUUCUAGAAUCACUGGUGCAGGUUGGGGAGGAUCUAUAGUUCAUUUAACUACUACGAAAAAGUUACCUGGAUUGGUUAAAGCUUUAACUGAUAAGUAUUAUAAGGUUGAAUUUCCUGAAAUUACAUCGGAGGAGUUAAGAGAAGCCAUAGUUGAUAGUAAACCUGCUUCUGGAAGUUGCUAUAUUGAAAUCAAUAAAGAAUGGUUGUAAUGAAUUAAUGAAUGACAUUGCAUUUUAUGAAUUGCACAUGAAAAGUUAGUUUUAAUAAGAAAGUAAAGUAAAGUAAAUAAAGAAUGUUUGUACAUUUAUUAUGUAAAUAAUUAAACGAUAAAUA